AUGUUACCAACCACUUACGUCAAUUCGCCUGAGAGCCAUGUUCGCGUCAUAAAUUGCCCAGACUCGAUCUCUGGAGUAAUAGUAAUACAGAGUGUGACGCUGAAUCGCCCAGACAAGCUCAAUGCGAUAACGUUGAACAUGAUACAGGAUCUCAUGGCUCUUUUUGAAACUUUUGCUGUGGAUGAACGAGUCAAGGUUGUCAUUUUAACGGGUGCUGGACAUACUUUCAGUGCUAGAAUUGACCUGAGAAUGGACACUAGCCAGAUGAAAAAUUCCUCGCCUCUAAGCGAAAUGCGUGACCCAGGGGGAUCUCUUGCACUGGCCAUGUUCAACUGUUGCAAGCCAGUCAUUGUGGCAUACAAUGGUCUUUCCGUGGGAAUUGGAAUGACAUCGACCUUGGCGGCGGGGAUCAGGAAUGCGCCUCACAAGGCCAGCUUUGGAUUUCCAUUUUCACGCAUCGGCAUUACGAUGGAGUCCUGCAGUUCAUAUUUUCUUCCACGCAUGGUUGGGUAUAGCAACGCGAAAUAUCCUUUAACCACAGGUGAAACAUAUCUUGCCGAAUCCUCAGUGCUUCAUGGAAUAUUUGCAGAGCUAGUUUCGGAACCGAAAGAGGCUCUACCGCGCGCAAUCGAAUUCGCAGCGAAUAUUGCAGGUAGCGUCAGUUUGAUGGCAGUCCACAUCAAUCGGCAGCUGAUGUGGAGAAAUCCUGGAUCUAUCGAGGGAGCUCACAUAGUUGACAGUCGUCUGUUGUACGAUAUGUUUGGCGGAAGGCUUUUUUUUUUUUUUUUUUUUUUUGAAAAGCGGAAGCCGUCUUUCAGUGACGUGCUUGAGAGAAAUGCACCACAAACCUAUCCUUGGUGGAACGAAGUUUCCGCUCAAACAAAGGGCAAUAUGAAAAGGAUAAACAGCUCUGAACCCACGAAGCUCUAG